ACACGCGCACGCAGCCUCAGGUGGCGGACAGUUUAUCCACUCUCCACAUCACCUGUGACACACCAGGAGCUCCUGCCAACACAGACCUCCGUGCUCAGCGUUGCUCUCGCCGGGCCAGAGGACGACUUUCUCGGGGUUGAAGUAGCUCCUCCACUCGGCAUCUCCUCACCGGCGGCGGGAAGACAAGUGACGACGAUGGCGUCCAACGAGUUGCGGCUCCAACAACCACCGCCCCCGAAGGAUGCGGCGGACCAGAACUUUGACUACAUGUUCAAGCUGCUGAUCAUCGGCAACAGCAGUGUGGGCAAGACCUCCUUCUUGUUCCGCUACGCCGACGACUCCUUCACCUCAGCCUUCAUCAGCACCGUGGGCAUCGACUUCAAAGUCAAGACCGUCUUCCGCAACGACAAACGGAUCAAACUGCAGAUCUGGGACACGGCGGGACAAGAGCGCUAUCGGACCAUCACCACCGCGUACUACAGAGGCGCCAUGGGCUUCCUGCUCAUGUAUGACAUCACCAACCAGGAGUCCUUCAACGCCGUCCAAGACUGGGCCACGCAGAUCAAACAAUACUCGUGGGACAACGCCCAGGUGAUCCUGAUCGGUAACAAGUGUGACAUGGAAGAUGACCGGCUGAUACCCACAGAGGACGGCCAGCGUAUUGCAGAGGACCUUGGUUUCCAGUUCUUCGAGGCCAGCGCGAAGGACAACAUCAACGUCAAGCAGGUGUUCGAGUGCCUCGUGGACGUGAUCUGUGACAAGAUGAACGAGAGCAUGGAGGCGGACUUGAACGUAGCGCCCAACCACAGGAACCAAGGCUUGAAAGACUCGCCUCCUUCCAUUAACAAGAGCAACUGUGCUUGCUAAACCACACAGACACACACACACACACACACACACACACACACACACACCCACCAAUACUGGUAAUCAACUUUUCUGUGCCUGGACUGUGGGACUUGCUGCUCCUCUUCCUCUCUGUUCACUGCAGCCCCGCCCAGCACAAAAGGCAGAAGGCUGAGAUAGUCAUCAUCACUGUUACACCCCUGCGCCGUAAAAGGCCCCUCUCAUUCUUUUCUCCCGAGGACUCAACCCUCACGCUCCGCUCUGUCCACAACCACUAUCAAGUACGUGCUGAAAACAUGCAUGACGAUGUCAUCACAUCCAACACAUCUGAAGGCAAUAUUAGAAACUCUGCCAUUGCUCUAUGAGACAAUACUGUUCCAUUUUAACUGGUAAUGUCCGACAGUUAUUGGCUUAUGUAUACUGUUUUUUCAUUUGUGCACUGCAUUAUGACAGCGGUGUCAAAUAUUUAAUAUACUAUUUAACCUGAGCUGAACCAUACCAUACCAAUCCCACAUUUUAAGUGAAAAAAACGUGAAAACAAAAUGGCAAAACACUGUAAAAACUCAAAUGUUAGGUUUUGUUAUAGUAAUAAAAAAUACUCUGUGCUUGUA